AUGCUCGCCCAAACCCUUCUCCUCGCAGCAUCUUUGCUCGCAACAGCAUCCGCUCACUUCUCCAUCGAAUCCCCAGAAAUGCGCGGUGAUUCCUUCGAAGCACCGGCCUCUCAAUGGAUUUACCCAUGCGCAGGAGUAAACCAAACCGCCCGCACAAACCGCACCCUAUGGCCCCUCACCGGCGGCGCCGUCGCCCUCGACCUCCACCACCCAUGGACCUACGUCUACCUCAACCUAGGCAUCGGAACCGACUACCCAGCGUUCCCGGGCAACAUGUCCAUCACCACCUCCCUCCUCAACGUCACGGGGAACGGCACGUUCUGUAUUCCGCAGGUGAAAUUGCCCGCUGGAUUGGUGGUUACCGAGGGCUUGAAUGCGACGUUGCAGGUUGUGACGGGUGGUGCUAGUGGGAGUGCUUUGUAUAAUUGCGCCGAUAUCACGUUCGCGGCUGCUGCCACUGCGCUGUCUUCGGAGGUUUGCAUGAAUAGUACGGGUGUGAGCGGGGCGUAUGUCACUCCUGGUGGUUCGCAAGCUGCUGUUGUUAAUACGACUGCGAACUCGACGACGACGAAGAGUGCUGCGCAUAGAGAGGGUGGAAGCUUGAUGGGUGCGGCUGUUGUUGGUGUCGUUGCUGUGGCGUUUAGUUGGUUUUUGUAG